AAAAAAAAGAAUCGUCUUCCUCCUUUCUCAACAUUGAGACGCCGCCGGAGAAAAAUCACGUUGGCUGAACCAUCACCGUCACACUCUAAACUCUCAAGAGAUUGAACGUCGGCUUAAAGCUGUCAUCGCCGCCGCCGUCAUAGAGCUCUGUCAUCGCCGGAGACAAAUCUGAACCGAUCCAAAUUUCCUCUGAAUAUUCUCAAAGACGCUCUUAGUCUCAGACACGAUGACUCCGCACUUCUGUAGCUCGCAUUCGUCAAGGGUCCAAGAGAAGGCAAAACUCUCGAGUACAAACCUGGAUUCACUGUUCGGAUCGGCCGAAUCGUUCGAGACCUGCAUGUUUAAGUACGACAGUGUUCAUGGUCAGUGGAAACACCAUGAAAUUAAGGUUAAGGAUGAGAAGACUCUUCUCUGUGGUGAGAAGCCUGUCACCGUCUUUGGCAUCAGGAACCCUGAGGAUAUCCCAUGGGCUGAAGCUGGAGCUGACUUCGUUGCUGAGUCUACUGGUGUUUUCACAGACAAGGAUAAAGCUGCUGCUCACUUGAAGGGUGGUGCCAAAAAGGUUUUCAUCUCUGCCCCGAGCUCGAUCGUACUGUAUGAAACUUGUCAACCUUUCAUGCUUAUGUUAGUUACCACGUCAUGUGCUCAGAGGGAUUUAUGCAUACCAGGAUGUGACGUCGUGUGGAAUCUAUGAUUCAGGCUCUAGAUCAAGCAAAACCAUUGGAGAAAACAAGAUCCAUGAACAAAAAGUCAUUUAAACGGCUGGGACUGAACGAUGUCAAUUCCAAGUAGUUCCAUCUCUCAUGAAGCUUUUUUUUUUGUAAAACCUUGUGAGUAGCUAUGACAUGUUUUUUUCUGAAUUAAGUCUUUGUAAUAUUUUUAGUUUGGUUUAAGAUUGGUUUUCUUAGUACAAUUCUUUCACAUGUUUCUGACUACAUGUAAUAAUGUGAUGUUAAGCUUUUGGCAUUUUCAGGAUGGGUUUCCAGAAAAAUAAAAUGAGUGUGUUUUCUUGCAUAA